ACCACAGCAUAAUCUAUGGAAGCUAGUUUCUUCCUACUUCUUCUGUUGACUUUCUGCUCUUCUAUACACAGUAGUUUGUCUACAACAACAACCGACUUAAUCACUACAAAUCAAUUCAUCAUAGAUGGUGAAACUAUUGUUUCAUCCAGUGGAACCUUUGAGCUGGGAUUCUUCAACCUCAGCGGUUCCUCAAAUCGAUAUAUUGGGAUAUGGUACAAGCAAAUUCUUCCUCAUAUGCAAACAGUAGUAUGGGUUGCAAACAGAGAGAAACCACUUACCAAUACAUCUUCAGUCAUUUUGAAGGUCACCGAACCGGGAAUACUUGCACUUCUCAAUGACAAGAAUGACAUUAUAUGGUCUACUAACACCUCAAGAUCAGUCCAGAAUCCAGUUGCAGUGCUUUUAGAUUCUGGUAAUCUUGUUGUAAAAGAUGCAAAUGAUGACAACCCAGAAAAUUUCCUCUGGCAGAGCUUCAAUUUUCCAACUGAUACACACUUGCCUGGUAUGAAGAUUGGCAAAAGUUUUAAAACUGGCCAUGAGUUUUACCUUUCAUCAUGGAAGAACGAUAAUGAUCCAGCUCCAGGAGAAUUCACUCGUAGCAUUGAUCCUACAGGAUAUCCACAGAUUCUCACCAAAAGUGGGACAAAUGUAUUAUAUCGUGUAGGACCAUGGAAUGGUUUAAAAUGGAGUGGGGCACCCAUACCACUGCUACAACAAAGCGGACUUUAUAGAUUUGAAUUUGCUUUCAAUGAGGAGGGGAUUUACUAUAUCUUUUCUCUCAUUAAUCACAGCUCGAUUUUAUCAAGAAUGGUCAUGACUAGCAACGGUGAUAUACAACGCUUUGUGUGGGUGGAUCAGACAAAGAGAUGGCAUAUUCACUACAGGUUACCUGCGGAUAAUUGUGAUACAUAUAGCUUGUGUGGUGUGUAUGGAAGGUGUGACAUAGAUAAUGAACCUAUUUGUCGAUGUUUGGAUAAGUUUGUACCUAAAUAUCCACAACAAUGGAAAAAGGGAGAUUGGACAAAAGGGUGUGUUCGGAGGACACCCUUAGAUUGCAACAGGGAACAUGUAUUUAUAAAAUAUCCUGGAAUCAAGUUGCCAGAUACUAAGCACUCUCAGUACAAUAAAACCAUGACACUCGAAGGGUGUAGGCAAGUAUGCUCCACGGACUGCUCCUGCACAGCUUAUUCAAGUCUAAAUAUAAGUAAUGGAAACAAAGGUUGCUUAUUAUGGUUUGAGGAAUUGGUUGACAUCAGAAAGCUGUCGGAAACAGGACAAGACAUUUUCAUCAAGAUGGAUUCUAGAGAACAAGUGGCUGACUUAAAAAAUGUAGAAUCUGAGGUAGGUUCAAACAGAAAGAAGGCAAAGAUACUCGCAGUGAGUUUCUCAUUGUUGGUGGCAACGAUUCUGCUAAUCCUGAUUUUGUUGUGGUACAAACGGACAAAGAAGAAACUGAAACUCAGAGAAGAUUUUGAGCUGCCACUGUUCCCAUUGUCGACAAUAACAAGAGCCACAAAUAACUUUUCGCUCGACAACAAGAUUGGAGAGGGUGGAUUUGGACCUGUUUAUAAGGGAGUGCUGGAAGAAGGACAAGAAAUUGCCGUGAAGAGACGGUCAAGGACUUCCAUGCAAGGACUUGAUGAAUACACAAAUGAAGUUAUCUAUAUUGCCAAACUUCAGCAUCGAAAUCUUGUGAAACUUCUGGGUUGCUGCAUCCAAGGGGAAGAAAAGAUGUUGAUCUAUGAAUACAUGCCUAACAACAGCCUAGAUUCGUACAUAUUUGACCAAACAAAGAAUAAAUUGCUUGAUUGGCCAAAGCGUUUCCACAUCAUCAACGGAAUUGCUCGUGGCUUAUUGUAUCUCCAUCAAGAUUCUAGACUACGGAUUAUCCAUAGAGACCUUAAAGCAAGCAAUGUUUUGUUAGACAUAGAAAUGAAUCCAAAGAUAUCGGACUUUGGCAUGGCUCGAAGUGUUACAGGAAAUGAGAUGGGUGCAAAAACACGCAAAGUUGUUGGGACACAUGGUUACAUGUCCCCUGAAUAUGCAGUAGAUGGGAUUUUCUCGGUAAAAUCAGAUGUGUUUAGCUUUGGCGUAUUGGUGUUAGAGAUUGUGAGUGGCAAGAAAAAUAGAGGAUUUUCCCAUCAAGAUCACAACCUUAACCUUCUCGGUCACGCAUGGAAGCUUUACAAAGAGGAUAGGUCGUUGGAACUAGCUGAUGAGCAGCUAGCUUACUCUUGCAACAUUUCUCAAGUUUUAAGGUCAAUUCAAGUGGGAUUAUUAUGCGUGCAACAACAUCCGAAUGAUAGACCAAGCAUGUUUACUGUGGUUCAGAUGUUGGCUAAUGAGAGUCUACUGCCAAAAGCAAAAGAACCAGGAUUUUUCACAGAACGAAAUGUACAUGACGAAGGAAAAUCAGGAUCGCAGACAAGAAGUUCAAAAAAUGAAGUCACAAUCACAUUAUUAGAUCCUCGGUAGGUGUGACAAAAUAACAAUUUAAAUUUGUGUGCACAUGAAUAGGAAAGA